GAGCUUGCUUGCUCGCUCGCUCUCUCAUGCCAUGCUGGGCCAGAUAGUCUCAGCCAGACGUGUAUUUACCCAUAUCCGGGUUAGAGAGGAAAAGAAAAAAGUUUCAUUUAAACCUGAACAAAAAAACUUUCAACAUGAAAUCACACAGCAGGAACAGGCACAGACCGUAAGGCAUUCUUACAAUUUCUAAUCUCCAUCAAGGACUUGGGGAGGGGAGUUUCGGUCAUUUUUUUAAUCGUGUUGUAUGCGCGCGCGUAUGGAAUGAUCAGCAGGGUUUUUGUUUAAUCACAUCCAUCUACUUUCUUGUAUUGUGGGGGGAUUUUUGCUCCUCUCUUCUCUCCCCACACCCAUUAUUGUUUUGCCCAUUUUUCUAAGCUGGGGGGGACUUAAUUGAUUUCUCCCCCCCUUGCAAUGUUGCAAUGAUCAUGGCCGCGCAAGUAGCAGCGGCUCCGGCGGGUGCAAACAAGAACAAGGGCAAAACCCCGAGUUUGCCGGGCAACUUAAACCAAGAUCUCAACUCCGGGGGUCCCGUUGCAGGCACUAUAGGAGCCGCUGGAUCGGGCUCUCUCUUGGGGGUCGUAGAUGGGACUAACAGCAGCAGCAGCUUAAAUAAUGUAGAUCACCAUCCCCUCCACCACCAUAAUGAACUGAACAUGGCCAAUAAUGCAACUUCUGCUGCCGCCGCCACCGGUAAUAACAACGCUACCACCACCGGCAGCGGAUCUUCCUCGGAAUCGGUUCUGAAAGAACCUGGAAGCUCGUCGGGCUUAUCUUCUUCCUCCUCCUCAUCUACCCCGACUAUGGAGACAGAGCUGCUCCCUAACCACAAGUUGAAAAGCGUUGGAGGCGAUCACCCUACCACCGCACCUUCCCACCACCCCCAUGCCCAGCACCAUCACCAACACCCGGCUCACCUCCAUGCCCAGCACCCCCAUGUUCAUCACCACCACCACCACCACCACCAUGCACUUCAACAACACCAACAGCUAAAUCAAUUCCAGCAACAGCCGCCGCCUCAACACCAUCCGAUGCAGAAUAACAACGGCGGCGGCGGCGGCGGCGGCAGCAACAACGGCGGUGGCGGCGCUGCUCAGCCCAGCAGCGCAGACAUGGAGCAGCAGCAACAACAUGGAGGAAAAGACAGUGGCUUGGGGGGACAGGCCGAGCCCCAGAGCCAGCCGCAGCCUCAGCCCCUGCUGAAUAAAGGCGGGGACGAGGAAGAAGCGACGCCGCCGGCGGCGGACAAAAUGGGAGAGCAGCACCUCAGCAGUCGCUACGACCACCCCAGCUUGGGACCUUUGGGCGGGCAACAGCCGCCGCCGCCGCCGCCACCUCAGGGAGCGGGCAGCGGCGGCGGCACUGGAGGAGGAGGUGGCGGCGGCGGCGGCCCCUCAGCGGUGGGUGUCUCGGAGUUUAAUAGCUAUUACGGCAACGCUGGCAGCAGCGGCGGAGGCGCCUCCUCAGCGAGCCGGGCCGGGCCUUGCUUUGAUCAACAUGGCGGACAACAAAGCCCCGGGAUGGGGCUAAUGCACCCCGCGGCGGCCCCCAACAGCAUGGACCCCCUACCCAACUCGCACGAAGGCUACGCCAACAGCCAGUACAACCACUACUCGGGCGCUUACGGCCGACCUGGCGGCGGCAGCAGCACGGGAGGAGCAGGAGCUGUGGCGGCUGCAGCCGCAGCAGGCGGCGGCGGCUAUGGGGGUUCGUCUUCUGCCUUCGGGGUGCUGAGCUCCUCUAGACAGCACCAGCAGGGCAUGAUGCUGGGCUCCGGUGGAGGGGGCAGCCUUGGCAAGGCAUCUGGGGCUGCGGGCUUCCAAAGGUUCUCCGGGCAAAACCAACACCCGUCUGGGGCCACCCCAACCUUGAACCAGCUGCUCACUUCCCCCAGCCCCAUGAUGAGGAGCUAUGGCACUGGCUAUCCUGAUUAUACCAACCCCAGCGCUGCCCCAUCGCAACAGCCAGCUCAGGGAGUAGCAGCAGCAGCCGCCCCAGGAAGUCAGCAGGCAGCAGCAGGCAUGGUCAUGGGCAAGGACAUGGGUUCCCAGUAUGGAGCUGCAAACCCAGCCUGGGCAGCUGCACAACAAAGAAAUCAUCCAGCGAUGAGCCCUGGAAACACUGGACAGACUAUCAGCAGGAGCCAGGGCAACCCGAUGGAUCCAAUGGUAAUGAAAAGACCUCAGUUGUUUGCAGUGGGCAACAACCCUCACACCCAGACACAGCCAAGCAGUCCGUAUCCAGGGCAGUCUUAUGGACCUCCAGGACCACAGCGUUUUCCAAUUGGAAUGCAGGCCCGGACUCCAGGUUCCAUGGGAGGAAUGCAGUAUCCACAGCAACAGAUGCCUCCUCAGUAUGGUCCACAAGGUGUAACUAGUUACUGCCAACAGCCAUAUUACAACCAGCAGCCACAACCUCAGCAUCUGCCACCACAGGCCCAAUAUCUGUCACAGGCCCAGCAGAGGUACCAGACACAGCAGGAACUGUCUCAGGAAGGUUAUGGAACCAGAUCUCAGCCCCCUAUCACUCAAAGCAAGCCUAACCAUGAAGAUAUGAAUCUGAUGCAACAAGAAAGACCAUCAAGCUUACCAGUUGAAGUCUUGGCCUCGGAGGAUGCUUCAUUUGGACUCAAGGAUUUAUCAGGCUCUAUUGAUGACCUGCCUACUGGAACAGAAGCAACUCUGAGUUCAGCAGUUAGUGCAUCAGGUUCUACCAGCAGUCAAGGGGAGCAGAGCAACCCAGCACAGUCACCUUUCUCCCCUCAUGCUUCCCCACAUCUCUCCAGCAUCCCUGGGGGGCCUUCCCCUUCCCCUGUUGGCUCUCCUGUUGGAAGCAACCAGUCAAGAUCUGGACCCAUUUCUCCUGCAAGUAUUCCAGGCACCCAGAUGCCAUCCCAGACUCCCAGUAGCCAGUCGGAAUCCAGCUCCCAUCCUGCCCUGAGCCAAUCCCCGAUGCCACAAGAUCGAGGUUUCAUAUCAGGCAUGCAGAGAAACCCCCAAUUGUCUCAGUAUGCACCUCAGCAAACUGGACCUUCCAUGUCACCACAUCCUUCACCUGGAGGCCAAAUGCAUUCUGGAAUUGGGAGCUUUCCACAGAGUAAUUCAACUAGUACUUACGGAACUCAGAUGAGCCAGUAUGGGUCACAAGGAAACUACUCCAGACAGCCAACAUACUCUGGAGUGACCAACACAAGUUACAGUGGCCCAGGACCUGGUAUGGGUAUAAAUGCAAGCAACCAGAUGCAUGGACAGGGGCCAGGCCAGCCUUGCGGUACCAUACCCCUGGGACGAAUGCCAUCUGCUGGGAUGCAAAGCAGACCGUUUCCUGGAAACAUGAGCAGUAUGACCCCCAGUUCUCCCGGCAUGUCUCAGCAGGGAGGCCCAGGGAUGGGACCACCCAUGCCAACUGUGAACCGUAAGGCACAGGAGGCAGCUGCAGCAGUGAUGCAAGCUGCUGCAAACUCCGCUCAGAGCAGGCCACCAUAUAUUAGGUCGCCUGCUUAUCCCAGCCAGUCUGGGGCUGGCGGACGCCCCAUGUUUUCUUCACAGCAUCCCAACUAUGGCAACGCUCAGGCUCCCAUGAUUCAUCAGCCUGACCAGUACGGGCAAGGCAGUUUUCCUGUCAUCAAUCAAAGUGGCAUCAUGGGAUCCAGUUCUCCCUAUAGCCAGCCCAUGAACAACAACUCAAGCCUGAUGAACCCUCAAGCUCCUCCGUACAACAUGACACCUAACAUGGUGAACAGUUCCACAGGUAAAGCACCUAUGGGUCUUGCAGAUAUGAUGACUCCAGGCGAGUCCAAAUUGCCCAUUCAUCUCAAACCAGAUGGAAAAGAAGAAGGGCCUCCUCAGCCUGAGAGCAAAAAGGAUAGCUACAGCUCUCAGGGUAUUUCUCAGCCCCCAACCCCAGGCUACCUGCCAGCCCCUUCCCCAAUGUCCCCAAGCUCUGCUAGCAUCUCCUCAUUUCAUGGAGAUGAAAGUGAUAGCAUUGGCAGCCCAGGCUGGCCAAAGACUCCAUCAAGCCCUAAAUCAAGUUCCUCCACCACAACUGGAGAAAAGAUUACAAAAAUGUAUGAGCUGGGAAAUGAAGCAGAGCGCAAAAUGUGGGUGGAUCGGUAUCUCAACUUCAUGGAAGAGAGGGGAACACCUGUGGCCAGUCUUCCUGCUGUAGGCAAGAAACCACUCGAUCUUUUCCGGCUUUAUGUCUGUGUUAAGGAGAUUGGUGGUUUAGCCCAGGUUAAUAAAAAUAAGAAGUGGCGUGAGCUGGCAACCAACCUAAAUGUUGGCACUUCAAGCAGCGCAGCCAGUUCCCUGAAAAAACAAUAUAUUCAGUACCUGUUUGCCUUUGAAUGCAAGAUUGAACGAGGGGAGGAGCCCCCUCCUGAAGUCUUCAGCACUGGAGAUACCAAAAAACAACCUAAGAUUCAACCGCCAUCUCCUGCUAACUCGGGUUCCCUUCAAGGUCCACAGACCCCUCAGUCCACUGGCAGCAACUCCAUGACAGAAGUGCCAGGUGAUCUCAAGCCUCCAACACCAGCAUCUACACCUCAUGGACAGAUGACACCUAUGCAGGGCAGCAGAAAUAGUUCCGUUAGUGUGCAUGAUCCCUUUUCAGAUGUCAGUGAUUCCGCAUUCCCAAAGCGCAACUCCAUGACCCCAAAUGCACCUUAUCAGCAGACUAUGAAUAUGCCAGAUAUGAUGGGGAGAAUGUCGUAUGAACCGAACAAGGAUCCUUUUGGUGGGAUGAGAAAAGUGCCUGGAAACAGUGAACCCUUCAUGACCCCUGGGCAACUGCCUAACAGCGGAAUGCAGGAUCUGUACAACCAAACUCCCUCUGGAGCCAUGUCCAACAUGGGUAUAGGCCAACGCCAGCAGUUUCCUUAUGGAGGUGGUUAUGACAGGAGGUCGGAUCAUGGGCUGGGUCCUGAAGGCAGUAUGGGAGCACCUGGGCAAAGCAACAUGGUGCCUUCAAACAGUGACCCAAGCAUGUACUCUCCUAACCGUUACCCUGGGCAGCAAAGGCAUGAACCAUAUGGACAGCAAUAUCCAGCACAAGCACCUCCUUCAGGACAGCCACCCUAUGGAGGACACCAACCUGGAAUGUUUUCACAACAACAGAACUACAAACGCCAUAUGGAUGGUAUGUACGGUCCUCCAGCAAAACGCCCCGAUGGAGAUAUGUUUAAUAUGCAGUAUGGCAACCAACAACAGGAUAUGUUUAACCAAUACAGCAAUGCGUACUCUGGACCAGACAGGAGGCCCAUGCAAGGACAAUAUCCAUAUCCAUAUAACAGAGAAAGGAUGCAGGGGCCAGGACAAAUGCAGCAACAUGGAAUACCUCCUCAGAUGAUUGGUGGCCCUAUGCAGUCUUCAGCUUCAAGUGAAGGUCCCCAACAGAACAUGUGGUCCUCUAGAAAUGAUAUGUCUUACCCAUAUCAGAACAGGCAAGUUCCUGGAGGUCCUGCACAGGCCCCUCCUUAUCCAGGGAUGAACCGUACUGAGGAUAUGAUGGUACCUGACCAGAGGAUAAACCAUGAAAGUCAGUGGCCUUCUCAUGUCAACCAGCGUCAGCCUUCUUACAUGUCAACCUCUGCCUCCAUGCAGCCUAUCACUCGACCUCCUCAGUCAUCCUACCAGACACCACCAGCGAUGCCAAACCACAUCUCUCGGGCUCCAAGCCCUGCAUCUUUCCCCCGUUCCCAUGAAAAUCGGAUGUCUCCAAGCAAAUCACCUUUCCUGCCCUCUAUGAAGAUGCCGAAAGUUAUGCCGGCUGUUCCAGUCUCCCAGGUCACAGGUCCUCCAUCACAGCCACCACCAAUUAGGAGGGAAAUAACCUUUCCUCCAGGCUCUGUAGAAGCAUCUCAACCAGUCUUGAAACCAAGACGAAAAAUUACCUCAAAAGAUAUUGUGACUCCGGAGGCUUGGCGAGUGAUGAUGUCGCUUAAAUCAGGCCUUCUUGCUGAAAGUACUUGGGCAUUAGACACUAUUAAUAUCCUUCUGUAUGAUGACAGUACUGUUGCUACUUUCAAUCUCUCUCAGUUAUCUGGUUUUCUUGAGCUUUUGGUGGAAUAUUUUAGAAAAUGUCUGAUUGAUAUUUUUGGGAUCCUUAUGGAAUAUGAAGUGGGACAUCCGGGACCAAAAUUACAAGAUCAUAAUUCAGUUCAGAAAAUGGAUAGCCAAUCUGCAACACAGGAUGCCAGGAAAGAGGAAGAAAACAAUGAUGAAUGUAUUCAUUAUUUUGAUGAAUUUGAGGAUGAGGAAGAAGAUGAAAAUGAGAACAUUGAAGGAGGAGAAGAGAAGAUCAGUGUUCUUGCUCCCCCUGGUGCCAUUGCUGAUCCAAGUGAGCGGCCAAAACAAGCCAGUAAGUUUGACAAGCUGCCAAUUAAAAUUGUAAAGAAAAAUAAUCUAUUUGUUGUUGACCGAUCUGACAGGCUGGGACGUGUUCAGGAAUUCAAUAGUGGACUUCUCCACUGGCAGCUUGGUGGGGGUGAUACAACUGAACACAUCCAGACCCACUUUGAGAGCAAGAUGGAGAUACCUCCUCGCAGGAGGCCACCCCCUCCAUCAAACUCUUCAAGCAAAAAGAAGAAUGUGGAAGGGAAAGGAGAAUCUGAGGAACAGCAAGACAAAAGCAUAUCAGCCACUAUUGAUGAUGUUUUGUCAGCUCGUCCAGGAGCACUGUCUGAAGACUCAGAUGUUAGUUCUCAGACAGAUAGCAGUAAAUUUCCAUUUGGAAUUCAUCAAGCUAAAAGUCAUCGCAAUAUCAAGCUGCUAGAAGAUGAGCCACGGAGUCGAGAUGAGACUCCUCUAUGCACCAUAACUCACUGGCAGGACUCUUUGGCCAAGCGUUGCAUCUGUGUGUCAAAUAUUGUCCGCAGCUUGUCUUUUGUGCCUGGCAACGAUGCUGAAAUGUCUAAACAUCCAGGUUUGGUGCUAAUCUUGGGAAAGUUGAUCCUUCUCCAUCAUGAGCACCCAGAAAGAAAGCGUGCACCGCAGACAUAUGAAAAAGAAGAGGAGGCGGACAAAGGGAUGGCCUGCAGCAAGGAUGAGUGGUGGUGGGACUGCCUUGAAGUCUUGAGGGAUAAUACAUUGGUCACAUUAGCCAACAUUUCUGGGCAGCUAGACUUAUCUGCUUACACAGAAAGCAUCUGUUUGCCAAUCUUGGAUGGCUUACUGCACUGGAUGGUGUGCCCAUCUGCUGAGGCACAGGAUCCUUUUCCAACCGUGGGGCCCAACUCAGUCCUUUCACCUCAGAGACUUGUACUGGAAACCCUGUGUAAACUCAGUAUCCAAGACAAUAAUGUGGACCUUAUUUUGGCCACUCCUCCAUUCAGUCGUCAGGAAAAACUCUAUGCUACUUUAGUUAGGUACGUUGGGGACCGCAAAAAUCCAGUAUGCCGAGAAAUGUCCAUGGCACUCUUAUCAAACCUUGCACAGGGGGACACAUUAGCAGCAAGGGCAAUAGCUGUGCAGAAGGGAAGCAUUGGAAACUUGAUAAGCUUCCUUGAGGAUGGGGUCACUAUGGCCCAGUACCAGCAGAGCCAGCAUAACCUCAUGCACAUGCAACCUCCACCUCUGGAGCCACCUAGUGUAGACAUGAUGUGCAGGGCAGCCAAGGCUUUGCUGGCCAUGGCUCGGGUGGAGGAGAACCGAUCAGAGUUCCUUUUACAUGAGGGACGUUUGCUGGAUAUCUCAAUAUCUGCUGUCCUGAACUCUCUGGUUGCGUCGGUCAUCUGUGAUGUACUUUUUCAGAUUGGGCAGUUAUGACAUAAGUGAGAAGCCAAGCAUGUGUGAGUGGAGAUUAGAGGGUCACAUAUAACUGGCUGUUUUCUGUACCUGUUUAUCCAGUGUAGGAAGAAGGAAAAAAAAAGAAUCUUUGCUCCUCUGCCCCAUUCACUAUUUACCAAUUGGGAAUUUUAAAACAUUGAACAGUUAUGAAAUUAAUAUUUGCUGUCUAUGUGUAUAAGUACAUCUUUUUAUUUUAUUUUUUUUAACCAAAGUUUCUGUCUAGUACAUUCAAAGGUCACACUUCUUUUCAAUAGAUAUCCUUUUUAAUGUUUCUUUCCAUGUCUGUAUCACAUAUUUUUUUGGGAGGGAAAGCAAACUAGAGAUAUUGGGUGUUAAAAUAUUGCAAAACAUGAUUUGAUGUUGGGGGGAAGGCUCACCACUCUGAAGUGCAAAAGUGGAAAAAAUAUUCUGAGUUACUGUGUAUUUCUCAAGAACGAAGGAAAACCACCCUUUAUGCCGUUGCCCAAAGCGCUCUGUGCAAUAGAAGAAUGUUAGUGAUGUAGGUGUAGCGGAUCAAGAAAAGGGGGUUGGUCCAUAGUCUGCAUAUGAAAUUAACUUGGUUUCUCCACAGGAGAAUGGGUACAUUAGGCUAGGAGCAAAACAAAUUCUUUAGGAAAGUUAAGACACAAAUCUGAAGACGAUCAACAUAAAUUGCUUCCUCACCAGAACUGUCACAUCAGUAUGUAUUGUUUGACCUUCCACAAUGACAGUUCUUCACAAUUCCUUUUAAUCAUUUUUUAAUAUUUUUUAUUGCCUAAGGGCAGUGAUGUAUAUAGAAGUUGUACAUUAAACAUACCCUCAUCUUUUUUAAAAAAAAAAACAAAACAAAAUAAAAUAAAUACAAGGAUUUCUUUUUCAUGAUGUGGUAACUACAAAGUGAUGGUAGACUUAAUUUUAUUAUUAUUAUUAUAAUUAUUAUAAUAAUUAUUAUUAUUUUGUUUGGGCCAUGUCUCCAAAAGCAGUAACAACAAAAUAAAAUCACCACCACGAGGGUAAUGUACAAGUUUCUGUAUGUAUAAAGUCAUGCUCUAUUUCGGGAGAGCAAUCGCUCACAACUUGCUUUAUAAAUCAAGAUGUGGAAAUGGUUACAUAUGGAUUGAUUUAAGAAAAUGGUUACCAGUCUACAGGAAAAAAAAACUACAUAUACAGGAAAAAAGGAAGAAACACAACUUCAAAGAUUUUUCAGUAAGAAGAAUCCACAUUUGUAUUUCAAAAUAAUGUAGUUUAAAAAAAGACAAAAAAACUUGAUGUAAAUUCCUCCUUUUCCUCUGGCUUAAUGAAUAUCAUUUAUUCAGUAUAAAAUCUUUAUAUGUUCCACAUGUUAAGAAUAAAUGUACAUUAAAUCUUGUUAA